UCGGCGUCACUAUGUUGUUCGUCUUGGGCCUGGUCCCGUUGCCCACAGGAGGUAGUUGGCCGAUAGCAGGGCUCAAGGACAAGUCGGUAAGGAGAAGAUGCGAAAGUGGGUGAAAAGACUGCUGGCCGUCGAGAUUCCGGAGUCCUGGGAUGUUGUAAGGAGGAUGCUCGAACGACAUGCCGAGGACCGGAUUACGGCGGAUGAGUUGGAAAAGAGAACCGCGCAGCUCAACGUUGAUACCUUGGGUACAGCCAGCAGUACGGACAAAGGCGUAGAUACUCUGGUGCUGAAGCAAUGAAC